AUGUCAUCAACCGUUCAUGCACACCACGCCACGCAGACGACUGCCAGUUCUUCCUCUCUACUCACACCCCCAGCGUCCCAGCUUCGCCCACGCGCUUCUUCUGUAAGCAAUGGUUUGUCGCUCAACGGUCUAAGUCCGAGAAUCAGAUCAAAUUCCAACCUACCCCCCGAACCUCAAACGCCUUCCGCUCUCGUUCGUAAAGAUACAGCACCUACUACAACGAUCGGUUCUCUUACUCCUGCAACCUCUGGUCUUGGACUGAGUUUGGCGGGUUCUGGUUCUGCACCAACGACAACGACGACAACGAAUGGUACGGGCACGUCCAUGUCUGAUCAACACCCUGGAACGCUGGAUCGUUCAAUGUUAUCUGUUUUAUUAUCUUUGGGUGCAGCUGCAACAUCUUCAAUCCCUCUUCCUCCACUUGUGCGCUCCCAAUCCCAACCUCCUCCAUCUUCCUCAGCUAGUUCUACUAACCAUUCAUCACUAUUGUCUCCACACGUCAACGGUGGAGUGUCGAAUGGAUAUACCUAUAAACCUCAUAAACCUAUUCCACGACAAGCUCAAUCUCAACAACGUUCAUGGGGUACUCAAUUUCAGACUACCCAUCACGUCUCGCCGGGCGUCUACACAAACGUCCGCUCCAACUCUGACGAAGACUCCACACCUCCCCAAUCACCUUUCACGUCCCUUUUCGUAUCCCCUCCAUCCCCCAUUUCUCUCCUUCCAACUCCCCCUUUCCAACACUCCCAUCAUCGUCGCUACUGGUCCCUCCACAAACGUCACCCUCGUUCCCUUUAUGCACCUCUCUUCUUCCUCCUUCUCACCUUCGUUUUAACAACAACUCCCGUACUCAUUUCGCUUUGGUCGCUACCUAUUCCUUCACUUAAACACAUCCCGAAGACGUUGGGUGAUAUUUCGACGUUGUUAAAUGAAAUUAGGACCUAUGCCGGGAAUGGGAAUGGGAAUAUUGGUGGAGGUGGAGGUGGAGGGGGCAGGAUGCACGUGCUGUUAGUGCUCAGCCUGACCACAAUGUGGAAACACGCAUGGAGCAUACCAGGGAGUGUAUUAUUGAACGUGAUGGCGGGUGGAUUGAUGGGUAAGGGAAGUGGAUGGGUAUGGAUGAUGACGAUUUAUAUGACUUUUCUGACGAGUUGUGGGACCGUGUUUGCGACGUUGUUGAGUAGGCCUUUGGGAGGGAUCGUCAACGUUCUGUUCCCAAAGGCUGUAGCUCUUACGAGGGGUGCUUUGGAAGGGGAUAUCAGCUCGAGGAGUGGUGGAGAGGAAGGUUUUGAGGAAGGAGUUUGGGAUGAGAAACUUGGACGGAUGGUCGUCGUUAGGCGACAAGGGGUUGUUGUUCCUAUGUCUGGGAAGAGGAUGAAUGAAGGGAUGAUGGAAGGAAGUAGAAAGAAGACGACGCCGACGUGGGUGAGGUUGGUGGUGAUGAGAGUUGUGGGUGUCGUUCCCUGGAGUGGGAUUAACGUUGCGUGUGGUGUGGUAGGAGUGAGCCUUUGGGAUUGUUUCGUGGGGAGCUUUAUCGGGACGCUACCUUGGACGGCCGUCACUUGUCAGAUCGGGGAUAUCAUACAAACGUUGUCAGCAACCUCGUUCGCUGCUUCAGCUGCCUCUACAACGAACGCUUCAUCAACAUCGGGUACAUUCCUUCCAUAUGACGCGUCGGCUGCGACCCCGCAGACUUUGUCGUCUGUUUUGGCAUCACCUGCCGUGGUGACGAAACUUGUGUUCUUGUCCGCGUUGAGUCUUGGCCCCGUUCUGUUCAGAGGGAGGUUGAAGGCGUUGGUCAGUUCGUCUGGUGAGGAGGAGUCGGGUGAUGGGAAGAUGGAGACGGAGAUGGUGUUUGGAGGACGGAAGGGAAGUGAAUAUGAGAGUGAUGAACAGACCGUUGUUGGGAGCGAUGAUAGUCAUUCUCGUCGUCCCUUUUUUGGACAUCAUAAACAUAAACGGACGGGGAGUAAAUGGGCGUUUUGGAGGAAGAUCGUUGCAGAUCGUGGAAACGCGAGUGAAUGGGAGAGUGGAGGAAAGGGUGGACGUUGUGGGGAUAGUGGGGAGAGUAGUAGGAGGGGGAGUAUGGAUGAGGAUGUGGACGUGGAGAGUUUUAGUGAAGGGAGUUUUGAGGGGGGACGAUGA